AUGGGCGGUGUUGGUGUCGCAUUCGACGGAAUCAAUGGCGAUGAGGUCAAUCUGGAGUUGAACUUGAAUGAGCCGCGAUUGGAAGCUCCCGAGGGUCUCUCCGCUCCCGCCGUGCAGGGGCGGCCCCAGUAUUACACUGUUAUUACCGGCCUGUUCUCACCAAUUCCACCCGUAUAUUUGGUAUGGUCUGUAUUGGGUAAGAUGGACUAUGGAGACGUUGAUGGGAUGCGUUUCUGUUCACCACAGAAAGCCGCGGAAAGCGCCUGGACAGCAGUAUACGAGCUUCUUGACUUUUCUGCUUAUGGUCUCGGCUCUCGACCCUCGACUCUCUUGAAUACAAGAUACACUCUAGCCGUGUGA